CCCAAGUUGAACCCCUCCUUCUCUCCACCGGCGCGCGAACCGCUGUCGCAGAUGGGCGGCUUCGCAGUGUUGGUGAGUGGUGGAUGAUGGAGAAAUGGAGAAAUAAAAAUUAAGGAGACCCAGGAAGUCAUGGGAGGCUGUGGAAUGUACCGUCUUUUCCAGGUGGGCGCUUUCCCACCGACCUUCAUCUUCUCUUCUAUCAGUAUAUACCAUUUUUACUUCUCGACAAUCCUCGGCGGCCAACCCUAAAAUUCCAAGAGAGCUAAAAUCACCGACACGAUCUAAAGGGAAUACGGGCUCAUGAAAGCCACCCGUACUCAUCCACGCCCCAUUGAAAAAGUACCCAUUUCCCAAUUCCGGCCCCCAGUCGUCCUUUGAUCCUUGCGUGAUCCUGGUUUCUUUGAUUGUAGUCUGCUACAAGGGUUUGCCUGGAGAUUUUUCCAAGGCCCCAACUUUCAACUUCUCAACUUACCGACUCCUCUCCAAUGGACAUGAAUUUGGAUAGUCUUAAGCGAGAACCAAGACAGUUGCCAUGGGAGGAAGAUGCAUCCAUCGUUAACUCAGAACUCUCCGGGGCAGACGGAAACCCGACAUCGGUGGCUACGGAGACUUCACAGAUGGCAGCAGGUCAAAGUCGGGCAGCAGAUCCUGCUUCAUUGUCUGAAGGAUGGCUGGAAAGUUCGACUGGAUUUGCAUCAGUGACGCCUGCAUCAUCUACGACUACAAUCAACGGGAUAUCGACGACGCCAACCUCAACUAGCAUUGUAUCUGCGGUGUCCGAAUCAACUACAUCCAUAGAGACAUCCAUGGUUCUCUCCGGCACGGUGGUCAGUUCGACUAGUACCAGUACCCUCCAAACUGCCGCUCCCGGUGCUUACUCUGGUGGAGGCGACUCGGCCAAAACCAAACUCGCCAUCGCCAUCCCCAUCGCGAUAGUCGGUCUCCUCGGCAUCCUAGCCCUGCUAUUCUUCUUUAUCCGUCACCGAAAGCGUCGUCAUGCCCCUCCACGAUACGAAAUGAGCGGCUCCGAAACACCGGGUGUCUCAACUGCCGCUCUCAUGGCUACUACGCCUAAGAUAUCCGUUGCGUCUCCAGACCCUGCGGUAGGGAAUCCGUCUCGACUACCAGUCAUCGAUGUCACUCGUAGUCAUGCUCACGACACUACACCCGGCUCUGUAUCUGCACGCCCGGACGACGAUCCACAAACGGAACUGGGGAUCGCCAUGGCAGUCUCGAUGGAUCAGCGACUCAGCGCUACAGAACAUGAUCUACGUGAUUUCAGUCGGCCGGUGUCAUCGAUUAGUCGCCGUGUUAGCAAUGGCCCGCCUAGUGCCAGGGCGGCGAGUGUACGGAUGCCAUUUGAGAAUCAGGGUAUUGAGGAUAACGAUGGGGUAUCGAUUAUUUCGGACGAGCAUGGGCAGAUAAAUAACGAGCGAGAUUUUGAUGAUAUGUCUUCUGUGUCGUCGUUUGAUGACGAUCAUCCGCAUAUUGAGAGUCAUGGGAGGUCGUUCCGAUAAGGGAUUAAGGGGACUCGGGAUGGGCCCUUUUGGAGGGGUUUUUUCUGUUUCCUUUUCUAUAUACAUAUUUGUUUGGCUGUGUUUUGAGCACUAGAGUAUUGGCGUUGUGAUGGAGGGAUGUUUAAUAACGCGGGGAUUCUUGAUAUCCAACUCAUGAAGUGUGAAUUCAUUCAUUAUUCGAACACCUAGGCUCUA